AUGAAACUGAACAGCCAAGGAGAUGACGCAAAGAGCAGCGAUGUCCUGUGGGAGUCCAUUUAUAAUGACUUCAACGAAAUUACAAAAACGAACAAGCAACAUUGUAACUACAUUGAAAAUAGUUUAUACAAUUUUUGCAAAGGGGUGAGUUCAUCAGAUAAGUUAAGUUACAAUUUAAAUAAUAAGUCCAACGAAUGGCUCCGUCUUAACCAUUCGAAGAGUGUUACAGGAGCAUUGCCUGCUGUAGGAGAAGAGAGUGAAGGAAGCAGAGAAAAUCCCAACAAGGGAGCAACGGGAGAAGGAAGUGCCACGUGGAGUAAUCUUUCCAUUCAGGCCUACUUAAAGAAAAAUAACAAAGAUGAAGAAGAAGAACAAUUUGCCAACAGGGAUAAUGACGCACAAAGCGUUAACCAUCUCAUGCUACAGGAUGAUCAAAAAAGUGAUAAGCUAAGGAGAAGACAUUCUUCAUUCCAACCUUGCAAUGACCAUUACGAUGGACAGUAUAUGAGAAACAAGUUCCACGACGUGGACACGGAUUACAUGAAGAAUGAAACGUACAUCAGUUGCAACGAUAUUGUGAAUAGCGAAAAGACAAGACAUUCAGAUUUUCAAAAUAAUAACAGUGGGAGCUUACUUCUGCGGGAGAAGGGGAGCUCGAGCGAUGCAAAAGGCAGAGUGGGUAAUCUCGUUGAUUCACAGGAUAGUGGUCAUUUGGGUAGCCACGCGGAUGUGCCGUUGGAUGGCUCCUUCCGCAGCGGCAGUAUGUUUAAUCUGAUGAAAUACAACGCGGCUCUGAAGGGGUUGGGAAUCGAUGGAGGCCUGGGCUUACACAACGGAAGCAACAUCGGUAGUGGCAGUCACACAUAUAAGAACGUGAACGUAGGAGUGAAUCCUUUCUCUAAUUCUGAUCAGAAGAAUUAUGAGAAUGUUAAAGCGAGAAGCUUGCACUUGACUGACCCGAAGGAACUAUUUUCCAAAAGGGAAGAUUAUACGUACUUGCUGAGCAACAAGAAAAUUUAUGACAGUGUAUCUGUAGGGGGAAGGGAGAUGGACAGGGGCCAGAGUGGUGACCUUCUAAGAUUCGCUCAUUUUGAUAGUCGAAGAGGGGGAAGUGGAAUCGGUACUAGAAGUGCCGUGGGAGAUGAAAGCGGAAGAAGCAGUCUCUUUAAUAACAUGAACAAGUACAGAAAUUUCAAUGUGAAAUCGGACGACAGUCUGGCUUCCCCUAGCUUCAACUACCAUCGCAGUGAUUUGAACGGAAGCGUAAUAGGAGGAAGCACCACGAAGGUUGAUAGACAGAAAGUCGGCGGAGAUGGAACGAAUGGCAGAUAUCAUUACGAUGAGCGUAGUAUUGCCGAGAGGGGUAGUACACAUCAGAGGCGCCAGGAGGAUAAUAGGGCAAGCUGUAACUCGCUGGAGAAAUUGGAUCGGCUACUGAAAAGCAAGUACAGUUAUAUGAGCAAUAGCAACAAACUGAGCGAUCUUGAUUUUUUAUUUAAAAAAAAGAACAAAGGAAAUAGUGAGCAUUUGAGGAAAUCCUUCAUAAGUUGCGAUAAUUACAAAAUUGACUCUGUCAUGUCUGAAACAUUUAAUAGAAACACCGAAAUGGAUAAGAGCGAGUCUCCCCCGUCGGAGCAGAUGGACGAAGUUAACCACAACCAACUUAUCAGCCGAUCCAAGCGCUUAAUUGAAAUGAGUAGAAAAUGCUUGAGUGGGUACUCUGAUUUGGAUCAAUACGACCAGAACGAGAUGUACGGACGAAUGGAUAAGAGAAAACAUGGCACGAGCGUUUCAGGUAUAAGUUACAGCAACGUCCUUGACGAGGAGGAAUAUGGAUCUGUUAUCUCGGCGCAAAAGCUAAUUGGGAAGGAAACGGUGCUUGGUAACAAUUACGGUCGUGCAUAUAAUUACGCGAACGGUGAACUAGAGGAGGUGAUAUGCAACUACAUCGGGGGAAAGGAGGGAAAGAGCGAGGGGAAAACCCCCAAGGGAAAAAUGGCUGAGGAACAAAAUAGCAAAAGUGUUAGUAAGCUGUUUGAAGCGUAUGACAAGGAUAAAAUUUCUGAUGCGUGUGCAUCUCCGAUGAAUAGCGCAUCGAGAGGUAAUCCCGAAGUGGAGUCGUCUCUCGGGGAUAAGAAAAUGAAUAAAAAGAGCAAUAUGGCGCAUAGCGAUGAUUUAGUCGGAAGUGUCACCCCGGAAGGAGCCCACAACAGCGGGUCCUUUUGUAGCAACAGACAACCGAAUGAAGAGAACCACAUUGAUAAAAACGGAACGGCUGGAAAGAUAGGCGGUGUGGGGUUAAAUACAUCCCCUUGUGAUAAUUACGACGCAGAGGAAGGAGGACAAGGAAAAAAAAAGAAAAAAAAAAACAAAAACAAUUUAGAUGGUGUAACGGAAAAUUCAGAAAAUUUAGUACCCCCCGGUGGUGACAAGAAAGCUGAUCAAGAGGCUAACAGUUCCAACGUGGGAUUCAAACUGGCAAAUAUAAAAUUCCCCGGGGAUGAAGAGGAGGACUCUCCUUUCAGUGGUGACGCCAACAAGGGAGGAACUGACAAGCAUGAGGAGGAUCUCCUCCACGAGAAGGUAAAGAACGACGUUUAUAGUUACGAGGUGGAAGAGGAAGAAGAGGGAGUAGGAGGUAAUAAAAGUAUAGCGCAUGGUGAAGACAACAUUACUGAGAACGUCGAAAGGGGAUCCCUUUUGAAGGGAGACACGAACAGUGUAAUCACGAACAGUUCCAGUGUGCGCAAUUUUAUUAAACAUCCGGACUUUUCAAAAAUGUAUUACAAUCAAAAGAAGGAAAAAGUGCCGUACGCAGAAGAAAGGAAAAUAAGUGAUGAUCAACAGAAAGCUCUCGAGCAAUGUUACGACACCAUUAACCAUGCGAAUGAUGUGAAGAGACUGUUUCGUGAAAAAAACUUCCUACAGGAUUUAUGUGAAAAGAGAAAGGUCAUUAUACAGAAGAGCAAAAUUGAAAACACCAAGUUGAGCGUGGAGAUUAAGUCCCUACUGAGCUUUAACAACAAUUUGAGUUAUGCUUUGAAGGAGAAGGAGGCAGAAAUUAAAAUGCUAAAGAAGCAGAAGGAAGAACUUGAAAUGAAUUUAAUGAAACGUAUAAACAAUAACGGAAGUACCCAGUAUUCCCUCCUCAGCAACCUCACGUCUUAUCCUACACUUUCCAAAAAUGAGAGAACUAGUGGGGUGCAGAGUGAUAGCGGAACGUGCCACCUACUGCGCAACAGAAGCAACUGCACCAUUUUAAAUAACAUCGCCGAUGCGAAUGCCAGCGUCAGCAGUAGCGGAGGUAAUCAGGCCUCCCUCAUACAGAGCUACGAGGAAAAGAUCCAAGAGCUUCUUAUGCAGGUGAAGAUGUACCAGACCAAGAACAGCGACUUGCAGGAACAGUUGCGAAUUUUUAUGAACGAGUAA